AAAGGGGUCACCACCCGCCGCCCAACCGACCAUGCAGCCCACAGCCUCCCUCCGCGUCCUCGGCUACCGCCACCUCCGCCUCACGACCAAGGACGUCAACAAGGGCUUCUACAAGGGCAACCGCACCGGCUCCAUGGGCAGCCACACCCCGCUACGGAGGCUACAAGAUCGACUGGGCCCAAGGUCCCGCACAUUCGCCGUGCCCGAGAGCUUGUCGAGCCGACUUCAAGUGCGCCUAGCCCCUUUCCUCCCUCUUUUGCCGGCACAUCCACCCCGAGAACCACGAACCGGCGCGGGUGGGCCGGUUUGCGCUCGGAAAUGA